GCAGUCGCUAUCGGGAAUUUGUGCGGGCAACGGUAAAGAGCGGAUGGCGAAUUUUAGUAAUGGUAGCCUCCUUCAUUUAUCAACGGUCGUCGGUGAAGUUAAAAAAAUCGGAUAUCCGCUAAUGAUAGGAGUAGGGAUGACGGGAAAUCUUCUCUCUUUUUUGGUGUUUUUAACAACACAUUUACGACGGCAGUCUUCAAGCAUCUAUCUCGCAUCUUUAGCCGCUGUUGACUUUGGUUAUCUUAUAACUAUGAUAUGUACAUGGUUAAACCAUCUUGGUCUAGAAGUUCUGAAUCAAAGCGGUCCUUGCCAAUUGAUAAUUUAUUUAAAAAGUGUUUUUGGUUUCUUAAGCGUCUAUAACGUCGUUUCAUUUACGGUUGAUAGAUUCCUUAGCAUCCAGUAUCCGCUGAGAAGGGAUAAGUAUUGCCGACCUAAAAAAGCCAAAUGCGUUGUUUUUAGUUUAUUAUUAUUUGCUAUAUUCUCAUAUGCCUAUAAACCUUUCUUACACGACGCAACUGUAAUUCAAUCUCGAAUACCGGGAGAACGUUCAUCUUUAAAAUGUUUUCCAAAACGAGGAGAUGAUAUUGAAAAAACAAUUUACAUUCUCGAACUUACAGACUCAUUUCUCAUGUUUGUCUUCCCUUCUAUUAUUAUUGUAGUGCUUAAUAUAAGGAUAGCUCUCAGUAUUCGCCAAGUUCAUAAACUCGUAGUCACGAAGCCCGUUGUUGAUAUUUUAAACGCAUCUACGGCGCUGAGAAGAACUUCAAUGCAAACUUCUUUGUCGUCUAGAGGUUCCAUGCAUAUCCGAUUCAGUGUCCGAGAGCCGGAUUCCAAAGAUGAGAAGCGCAUGAUUGGUAUGUCAAAAAGGAAUUUGUGGAGGGCUCAGUCUAGCCAAUAUAAAACAAUUCGUAUGCUACUUAUAGUCUCUACAGUCUUUGUUCUACUCAAUAUGCCUUUACAUUCCGUUAGGAUGGCUGCUUUUUGGCUACAAAAAAAAAAACACGAUCAUAAAAUGAUGGAAUUUCAUACGAUGAAAUCUCUUUUGAAUAUUCCACAUGAUUUAAACUUUUCUAUUAACUUUUUUCUCUACGCAGUAUGCUUGAGGAGUUUCCGUAGUGGGUUGAAGAGGUUGUGGAUGAGACUCUUCUACAAAUGCAGUAAGUUUAGAAAGUGCUUAAAGAAGAGUCGGCCUCCAGCUCAGGUUGACGAAUUGUGAACAUUAGAAAAAAAACUGACAUAGACAGCAAGCGUAUUCCUCUCUCUUUCAGUCUCCCUUUCUCUCUCACAUCACUCUUUUAUCAUUUUCUCUGAUAAAAUGGAAAAAGCUAUAAGCCAAAGAGAAAUGUUUCAUCAUUAUCCAUCCUCCGAACUCUAACCUGCAGUUUAUGCAAGACAGAAGAAAACGUUUUUUUUUAUAGAUUUUGACACAUGAAGUCACUUUCUAUAUAUUAUAUAUGCUGUAUAUAUACUGUAUAUAUAUAUAUAUCAUUUUCCAUAUAUAUAUACAGUUUGCUCUAUUUUGCCAACUAAGGAAUUUGCACUCACCAAAAAAGAAAGAGAGCAAAUAAUUAGGAGAAGUUUAAAAUGUGCAGCCUUAGUAAGUUAUCUUUUCUUAUAAGUAUACAAAGUAACCUUGAAAAAAUUAUGUUAAGCGUUUAUAUAUACUUGUUUGAGAACAUUGAAAAUAUUAUUAUUAUUAUUAUUUACUGUAUUUACUUGGAGAAGUGAAGAGAUUUCUUCUUGUUUUUAUCUUACUUCUUUCUAAAAUAAGGAGAGAGGAUAGAAAAGAAAAGAUAGGAUAAAAGGAAAUAAAAGUAGGAAGAAAGAAACCGUUAUUCUCAAUCCACAAAGUGUUCUGGCCCUAGCUUGAUAAAAACUAUCCUAAAUUUUUCUAUAAAUAGUAAAUCAGUUUGCGUAUGAAAGUAUUGGAAUUUAUGUUCGUUUUCGGUUAUUCGAUAAUGUUUUAUACUUGGGAUUUAUUUUUUCAUUAGUUCAUUUUCGAUAUUCAAUAGAAGUAAACUGAAGAGAAUAUAGGAUUCUCUAUUGUUUUCAUAUUUCUCUUAUUGACUUGAUAAUCUGGGUAAAAGCAUCUCUUUACUUUUUUUAUUCUGUAACUUUUAAAUCAUAUUGAAAAAUAUCAAAGGAGAGAUUUUAGUGCUAUCAAUUGAUUAUAACUGGAUCAUCUACUGUUUAACGUAAGUAAUAUAUCUGUUAUACCUAUAUUUGUACUUACACUUUACGUGUUUCUAUUAACAAUGUUGAAAAUCGUUAUUAUUUAACUCAAAACGUAUACAAAUGUAUUACGUGAGUCUAAAAAAGAGCACAAAUGAACAUGAAAUGUUUAUUAAUACAUAAACAGACAAACAAGAAGAAAGAAUGAAAAUUUAGACUGUGCCUUAGAUAAACUGAAUAAUAGAUAGAGAAGACCAAAAAAAAAAGAAGUUAAAAGCGUUAAACUGCUCAAAUUUACCAGAAAAUUUUCCCUUUCUUGUCUUCUCCAUUUGACAUUAUUGAUUUAACCUCUAUAAAUAGAUAUUUAACAAUAUUAAGAGAAAUGUUUGUUUUUUCUAUAG